AUGGCCGCUACCCGCCUACCCUACCUUCGCUUUACCAUAGCUGGCCGGUCCGCCCAAUCGCUCAAGACACUACACGAGCAUUACGGCGAAGUUGUCCGCAUUGCCCCAGAUGAGCUGUCCUUCAUUAAUGGCGACGCCUGGAAGAUAAUCUACGGAACUCGUCCCGGACACGGCCAAAAACCCAAAGACCUGCGGCUCUACCCCCCAAUUAGCGGAGCACCCAGCAUUAUCACCUCCAACGACGCAGACCACAGCCGCUUCCGACGACUCCUAUCCCAUGCCUUCUCUGACAGUUCUCUUAGAGGCCAAGAGCCGAUCAUCAAGAACUAUGUGGAUCUCUUAAUGAAACGCCUCCACGAAAAGUCCGAAAACGGCAAACAGGUACUAGAUAUGGUGGCAUGGUACAACUUCACAAUAUUUGACAUUAUCGGCGACCUGGCAUUUGGAGAGCCAUUUGACUGUCUCAAGAAAUCAACCUACCACCAAUGGGUGGCCAUCGUUAUGUCGCACGUCAGUUACAGCGCAUACACAAACGUCACUCGGCGCUUCCCUGGAUGGAAACUCAUUUGCAAGAUCAUUACACCUACCAACGUGAUGAACUCAAGGAAGCUGCAUUUGCAACUUACAAAGGAGAAAGAUACCGAGAAAGGGUUCAGUGUUGCGGAGAUGAUUAGCAAUGGGAGUACACUCAUUAUUGCUGGGUCUGAGACCACUGCGACGCUGCUUUCCGGAGCGACUUAUUUGUUGCUGAAAAACCCGCGGGUACUGCAGAAGCUUCAAGAGGAGGUUCGGACAGCGUUCCAAUCCGAUAAGGAGAUUACGCUGGAUACUUGCAACAAGCUUGAGUAUAUCCACGCUGUCCUUACGGAGGCACUGAGGAUGUAUCCUCCGGUGGCGGGGGGUGGUACUAUCGUCUCCGUUGCCCAGUUGGUCGCGUACCAUUCUGCAUUGAACUUCACCCAUCCCGAUCAAUUCAUCCCCGAGCGAUUCCUCGAUGACCCUCGAUUUGCAAACGAUAGCAAGACUGUGCUACAGCCUUUCAGCUUCGGGCCCAGGAACUGUAUCGGGCGAAAUUUGGCGUACGUCGAGAUGAGAAUAAUUCUCGCUCGCAUGAUCUUUAACUUUGAUAUGGAAUUGGACCAACCGUCUGAUGAGUGGAUGGACCAGAGUUCCUAUAUUCUAUGGGAUAAAGGGCCUUUGAUGGUUCGGCUUACUCCGCGCGUGAAGAGGCAGUAA